UACCAUACGCUUUGCAAACAGCCCUGUGACUACAGAGUACAUACUGUAGCCGCUAAUGAAAGCGACUUAUCUGAGCACAGCACUGCAGAUAGCAAUAGGGGGCGCUGCAACUCCGCUCUGUGCGCGUUAUUCUGUUUGUUUAUAGGGGAUUCUGGAUAGUGUAGUUUUGUCCUGCGUUACUGAUUAUUUCCUCUCUGUCUCUGCGAACUACAACUCCCAGAUGUCCUUGCGCUGUUAGCUUAGCCGUUCCAUCUGUCAGGAAAAAAAGGGAGCAAGCUGGAAGAGCAGGCACAACUGCUCUGCCCCUAACCACAAGGGAUGCGUAUCUGCCUGGUGUCUGUUACGCAUGAGGAAAUAAGGGCUAAAUAAACCUGGCUGCUUUGUACACUGUUUGGACAUCAGGCCUCUAAGCUUUCUGCUCUAUCAGUAAACUUCUUCAAUGCCUGCAGUAGUUCAGUUGCUAAGGUGAAAUGGACUGGGACAACUCGGCUGCAAUGCAAGUGGGAAUGCGUGUGGUGAGAGGUAUAGACUGGAAAUGGUCUAACCAGGACAAUGGUGAAGGCAGCAUGGGCACUGUGGUAGAGAUCGGACGUCAGGGAAGCCCUACCACACCUGACAAAACAGUAGUUGUUCAAUGGGAUCAUGGCACCAGGACUAAUUAUCGGACUGGCUUCCAAGGAGCUUAUGACCUUCUGCUGUAUGACAAUGCUCAGACAGGUGUCCGCCAUCCCAACAUCAUCUGUGACUGCUGCAAGAAGCAUGGAAUCCGUGGCAUGCGCUGGAAGUGCAAAGUCUGUUUCGACUAUGAUCUGUGCACACAGUGCUAUAUGAAUAACAAGCACGAUUUGUCCCAUAUCUUCGAGAGAUAUGAGACCGCCGAUUCCCGACCAGUCAUACUGAGCACUCGGCAAGGCUUGCCCCGGGUUGUGUUAAAAGGAAUCUUCCAAGGUGCAAAAGUGGUGCGUGGUCCUGACUGGGAAUGGGGAAACCAAGAUGGUGGGGAAGGUAAAGUUGGCCGAGUCGUUGAUAUCCGUGGAUGGGAUGUAGAGACUGGCCGCAGUGUGGCUAGUGUAACAUGGGCUGAUGGAACCACUAAUGUGUACAGAGUUGGCCACAAGGGAAAGGUUGAUCUUAAGUGCAUUACUGAUGCUCCGGGAGGUCAUUAUUACAGGGAUCACUUGCCCAAGCUUGGUAAACCUGCUGAGUUGCAAAGAAAAGAAAGUUCAGAAAGGCACCCGUUUCAGCAUGGAGACAAAGUGAAGUGUCUUUUAGAUGUUGAGAUAUUACGAGAGAUGCAAGAAGGACAUGGGGGAUGGAACCCUAAAAUGGCAGAGUUUAUAGGUCAGACUGGAACAGUACAUAGGAUUACAGAGCGAGGUGAUGUCAGAGUUCAGUACAACAGUGAGACACGAUGGACAUUUCAUCCCGGGGCUCUAACAAAGGCGCUGGGUCAAAUUGGCAAGGUGAUCAAAGUUUUUGGGGAUGGAGACAUGCGAGUUUCUGUUGGAGGCCAGUCCUGGACAUUCAACCCUGCGUGCCUCACGUCAUACCAACGGGAAGAGGAUGCUAACCUCAUGACCACUGAAAAUGCCAAGGAGUCUAAAAACACCCUGGUUUCCAUAUUAGAAAAGUUGCUUUCUCAGAAGACUGAUUGUGAAAGUCCUACUUCCUUGGUUAUUGAAGCAGCCCAGGGCAAUACAGCCAAAGUCAGGGAGAUGCUCCAGAAAUACCCCGACAAGGUGGAUAUUAAGAAUCAGGGCAGGACGGCUUUGCAGGUUGCCUCCCAUUUAGGCUAUAUGGAGGUGGUGAAGGUUUUGCUUCAAGCCAAUGCAAACAUUGACCUCAGGGAUGACGAGGGGGACACUGCUUUGCAUUAUGCUGCUUAUGGAAACCAGGCUGGUGUGGUUAGAGUUUUGCUAUCUAAAGGAGCCAAUGCAGAACUUCUAAACAAUGCCAAGUGUACAGCGCUCUACAUUGCAGUUAACAAAGGGUUCACAGAAGUAGUCCAAGUCCUCUGCAACCCAAAUUGUGCCAUCAACAUGCAGGAUUCCUUUGGGGACACACCUCUGCAUUAUGCAAUCACCGCAGACUUUAGAAGCAUCAUUGAGAUCCUCACUGAAGUACCCAAUAUAGAUUUCACUGUGCAGAACAAUCAAGGGUUUAAUCUACUGCAUCACUCAGCUCUCAAGGGAAAUGUCCUGGCUGUAAGCAAGAUCCUGGAGAGAGCAAGACAGCUUGUGGACUCUAAAAAAGAAGAUGGUUUCACUGCCCUUCAUCUUGCAACACUGAACAACCACCAGGAGGUGGUAGAAAUAUUGAUCAAAGAGGGCCGCUGUGAUGUCAAUCUCAGGAAUAACAGAAACCAGACCCCUCUGCAUUUGGCUGUCGCCCAGGGCCACAUCAGCUUGGUGCAUCUCUUGGUGACUGAGGGUGCCGAUGUGAAUGCAGAGGAUGAGGAUGGAGAUACCCCAAUGCACAUAGUAUUUGUGCGACAGCAUCUCAAAUCCAUUGACUCUCAGCAAGAAGGCAAUGGGUCAUCACUACUCACAAAGUUGGAGGCCUCUGGGUUGCCGGGAAAUAUAGAGUUAAAUGUUGGUUCAGCCAUGGCUUGCUUUUUAGCUCUGUCUGGAGCUGACAUUAACUAUGCCAAUCACCGUGGGAAGUCUCCCCUGGACCUGAUCGCAGAUGGAAGGAUAACGCACCUUGUGAAAAACUUUGCACAGAAAUUCAGAGAACAAGUGGAGUUAGACUCACCAACCGUCAGUUGCAGCCUCCGCAGAGUCCACACUACACCUAAUACUAUGACUAACCUUAGCCCCUGUAGUGCCGCCAGUCCUGCAGAGUGUCUAGUAUGCUCUGAGCUGGCCGUACUAGUCAGUUUCUUCCCCUGCCAACACAGCAUAGUAUGUGAAGAAUGUUCCAGACGAAUGAAGAAGUGCAUCAAAUGUCAAGUGUGCAUAGCAAGAAAGCUUAGGCAAGACAGUACUGAAGUUGAAUGCAGUCCCAGUUUAGAAGUGUCAGACCAGAAGAAAGUAAUGGAGGAGCUCCAGAAUCGAUACCGCCAAAUGGAGGAAAGGAUCACCUGUCCUAUUUGUAUCGACAAUCACAUCAAGCUGGUGUUCCAGUGUGGACAUGGGUCUUGUACUGAAUGCAGCACUUCCCUGACUGCCUGUCCCAUAUGCAGGCAGCUUAUCAGAGAGAGGAUACAGAUAUUUGUCUGAGUAGGAAAGAAAGUGCAUCUUCUGGAUCUGAGACGUAACUGUGGAUUUAGUAGACACAAGCAACAUGUCUGUGCCAAGCAUGGCUGUGUAUACCCUCUUCAUGGCAAGACUUUCUGUAUGGGAAAAAAGGGAUGACUCUGCUUAUGACGAAUAUGGCUGCAGUGUGCGUCUGACACUGUACAAACAAAGUUCUAUCUGUAUUAUCUGCACUGGAAGGGCUAAUCAAUACUGCAGUCUUCCUGAAGGAUUUUAUUUUAAAGAGCGGCAAAUAAGUUUCCCUAAAUCAUCUUGUUACUGAAAUGAGGAUUUCAUCUCUGCCAAUGCCACCCUAAGAUUUCUUUGCUGGUUCUUAUCUUAUUUGUGUUUCUGCAAUACAACCUGAUCCACUGUCUUCCAAAUGUCUUUCAUACAGGUUCAUCAGGUCACAUGAAAUAAAGCAAUACAUAUGGGCUUAUUUAUCAAUUUUCGAGUUUGUGAAUUCGAGUUUGUUUUUCUAAAUCGUAUUAACUCACAUAUUCGAAUAAAAAAAAUAGGAAUUUUUGAGUUUCUAAUAAAACUCCCAAUACCUCAAAUUGAAAAUAUGGCUUGACCUUGCCUAGGCCAACUCCCAUUGACUUCUAUCGAGACUUGCAAGCUUUUAGAUGGCAAAGUUAUACAUUUGAGUUUUCAGGUAUUUUGCACUUAAUAAAUACCAGACAUUCAAGUUUUUGAACCAUAAUUCGAAUUCGGGUUUUUUAAUGUAAAAAACUGGAAUUGUGAAAAUAAAACAAACUCGAACGUCGAUAAAUCUCCCCAAUAGAGUAUGUCACAAUGAACUUCAAUGGACUGCUGUCUUUUAUAGUUUUACUAAUGAGACAGUAGAACAAUAGCAAGAGUAUUUAUUAAGAUUUGGUUUGAGUUCUUUAGUUGUAAUAGUUCUUGAUUAUAGGGGCAUUAAUGCAUUAUGAACAGGUUACCUAGAGUGUUUGUAAAUUCAAUGAAAUGUAUAUCUAUUUAUGCCUAAAUUAUAUAUAAAUAUAUUUACUUAAGUUAUUCAUAUAUUAUAAAACUUGUAUAAUCUUACAAAUUAAUUGUGAUUUAUUUUCUUUUCUAUUUUAGAGAAGGCAAAAUAUAGGAAAUUAUCAGUGACAUUUUGCAGAUGUAUGUGGGGGACCAUUCACCCCCAUCCCUUUCUUUCCUUUAUGGCCAAUCGCUGCAGAGAGUGUUGCAAUGUGACCGCUUGAAAGCAGCCUGACAAAUGUGCUAUUCUACUUUACUAUAUCACACUGACAGAGAAGGGAAAGAGGAACCAUGGUUAGAAUGAUAAAAUGUGCUUUUUGGGCCAGUUUUAACCAAAAAAAUCACUCAGAAGCUAUAGUGUUAAUAUUCAUUUUAAUGCAUUAGUGCCCCAUUAAUAAGCAAGACUGUAGCACAGUGGGAAUAAAAGCUCUUGCCAAGGUCUCCACACUGACGUUUGGUGCAGGUAUGUAGAGAAAAUGUAGCAUUUCUGCAGCCAGAGUACCCAGCAGCAUCUCUUGUAGCAGGUCUGCCUGUGGCUCUAGCCCGCAGCUGGUUUACAUAGACGCCAUCUUAAACUGGUGGCUGACAGAGUCGUCUAGCAAAUCCAUCUUUGCUUGUUUUACUCUGUGUAUAAAGUUUGAAACGUGUAUAGUGCUGAAAUAAAAGCAGUCUGAUUAAUACAA